UCUCAGGGAAGAAGACUUAGUACAGUACCUUUUUUGCUCGCUUCCUUUUUAGAUUGCAAGGUACGGGUGUCGUUGCACGUAUUUGCAUGAAUUUUAAAUAAUUAAUUAAUUGGCAUAUUUAAAUAAGGGCGGGUCACUCCUUGCCCUCCCAGAGCAGCGCAAUAGCGGCCCCUAUGGCCUCACCAGUGGGGGUGGAGGGGGGAAGUACUGCAAAAAUUUAGGUUCGCAGCCGGAAGUGCUGCUGCGCUUUACGGCUCGCAGGGUGCUAUUUGCUCCCUGCCGGGGCUUGACCGUCCACGUGCUCAACCUCCCUUCCUGGACUGGAGAAAAAGGGAAGGGGAUUAUUGGGGUGUCUGAGCUCCCGCCAUGGCGGCUGCAGAAGAGGAACAUCCCUUGGGGAACGAGCUGGUCAUGAGUGAGGACGAUGAGGAGAAGGAGGCAGACAAUGAAGAAGCAACAAAGAAACACCACCAGCUUGUGGAUUCACUCACUGCCUUGGCUGGAGCGAAGCGACGGAGGGCAGUUGAACGCACUGAGGCGAGCAGACAAAUCUCGGAAUUUGAUCUUUGUGGUGGAGGUGCUAGAGAAAAAGUUAUCCUCUCUGAACUGCUGCAACCAGCUUCCAGCUCACCAGCUCUGGGUUCCAUUCAGAAGCAGCUGAAGAAAGCCCAGCACAGAAAAGCCAUCCAGCUCCCACUGAGCAAGGAGGAGAAUGAGCGGGUGGUGAGGGAAGCUGCCUACACUCAGACAUCUCAAGCCCUGGCUAAAUGGCAUCCAGUGGUGCAGCAAAACAGACGUGCUGAGCAGCUAGUCUUCCCAUUGCAACAGGAGAGUGUGACUGUCCCGGCCAUUGAGGAAGUGAUAAGUGGAUGGGAGGCACGAACACCCCUGGAGCAAGAAAUCUUUAAUAUUCUACACAGAGGAAAGCAGCCAGUGAAGGACCCACUCCUGACACCACAGGAGAAGUCCUCACUGCAGGCCAUGAGUCUGGAGGAGGCACAGUUGCGACGUAUGCAGCGCCAGAAGGCUCGAGUCCUGCAGUCCUACUAUGAGGCUAAGGCACGUCGUCAGCGGAAGAUCAAGAGCAAAAGGUAUCACAGAAUGCUUAGGAAGAUCAGGAAACGCAAGGUGCUGAAAGAAUUCGAGAUGUUGCAGAAAAGUAACCCUGAGGCAGCUCUAGAAGAGCUAGCUAAAAUUGAGAAAGCGCGUAUUGAGGAGAGGAUGAGCCUGAAACACCAGAACAAGGGCAAGUGGGCCAAAUCUACAGUCCUCAUGGCAAAGUACAACCUAGAGGCUAGGCAAGCCAUGCAGGAGCAGCUGGCCCGGAACAAAGAACUGACCCAGAAAGUACGCCCAGCAUCUGAUAGCGAGGAAGGUGGCAGCGACACUGACACAGAGAGGGAUCUCGUGCCAAGUGUUGUCAAUGAGAGGCCUUCUGGGCUGGAUCCAGACAACCCCUGGAUGUUGGGAUGGCCCCAAGCAGAGCCCAAGGAGGACCUUCCAGCUGCACCAGAAGACAGCGAAGAGAGUGACGAAGAGAAGGGGCCACCUGCAACUAAGGAGACUUCGCUACAAGGCUUUGUUGCAGGUCUUAACGAUGAGGAAGCAGUGCCCAUGCUGACGGACGUGCUUUUACCAGCCCCUCCAAGUCCUGUGUCGGAGGGGCCGCUCCUGAGUGAGAAGCUGGAAAGGCUUCAUACCUUAGAGGAUAUGGAGGCCAUGGAGCCAGAGGAAGUCCCACAGGAAAAUGGAAUGACAGAAGUCAACGGUGCUGAACUUCAACAGCCUCCGGAAGCUGAGUCCUCACUACAGCCCAAGGGUGGCAAGACCCAGACCUCCAAGAAGACAGCCAAGCGCAAGGCUCUGAUUGAUCUGAAGGCAGUGCUGGUUCAGCCAGUUCGUCCCAUGCAGUGUCCGUUUUUGCCUUCUGCUGUACAGGAUGAGCUAGAGAUGGGCAAAGACCAGCGACAGGUGAUCCAGGAGGCCUUUGCAAGUGACAACGUCGUUGCCGACUUUAUGAAAGAAAAGCGUCGGGCAGAGCAGAACAGCAAACCGAAAGUUAUCGAUCUGGUGCUUCCAGGAUGGGGCGAGUGGGGAGGCGCAGGACUACGGCCGAGUAAGAUGAAGAAGAGACGGUUCCUUAUCAAACCAGCAGCUGGGCCCCCAAGGAAAGACAGGCACCUGCCCAAUGUUAUCCUGAGUGAAAAGCGCAAUAUUUUAGCAGCUGUGCAUCAGGUGAACCAGCUGCCCUUCCCCUUUGAGAACAGCAAGCAAUUUGAACGCAGCAUCCAAGCACCCAUGGGCCCCACUUGGAACACUCAGCGUGCUUUUCAGCGUCUGACAGCUCCUCACAUUGUCACCCAGCCUGGCCACAUCAUCCGGCCCAUCAGUGCCGAGGACAGUGAGCUGCUCUGCAAAGCGGAAAAUGCAAAAGCCAUGGGAAGGAAGCCGGAUUUGGCACUGUCGUUGUCACCCCACAAUCAUCACCCACACCAUGCAUCCAAGAGGAAGGCUCGGCGGAGCUAAGUCUACAGGGGCUCUGCCAUACACACCAGACUCCUUGGGCUAACUGGCGUUGUUGUCUUCUUAUUUUCUUCAGUCAGUUUUAUUGAUUUUCAGUAUACACCACAGAAACACAUACAACAAAUGUCUUCGUUUCCCAUCCCUCCCUCCCUCCGUUUAUUCCCAUGGAACAAAUCAGUUUAUUAAAUUCUGCCAGAGUCCAUUGAGUGAAUCAGGUGGAUGCCAUUCAUCAGGGUUAUCAUUUUGAAAACCCGAUGAAAGGAUGACAAGUUUCAGUAAAGUCAUCCAUGUCUUCUGUGCUGUUCAGUGUUUGUACUCUCCUUGUUCGUUUUUCCAGUAAGGCAAAUUGUCUGUGCAUCUUGCUUCCACACAGAAUUCUGUAAAUGAUCCAGUCUCUUCCAUUUCUGUGCCACCAAGUGGAAAGUGAAUCAAUUAACUAUUUGUAUAAAAUCGUGGGACAGUAGAGUUUGAAGGGCUCUCCGAGGGUGACCUAGUCUAACCCCCUGCAAUGCAGGAAUCUUGACAUUUUACAGGAACAUGUCCAAUUGUUAAUUUGCUGAGUAUUUUGAAGAGCAUAGGUUUGUAUUGUAUAUUAUCAUUCUAAUUGCAUUUUGUAGAUGAGCCACAUCUACAUACUUCUGGAAGCGUUGGUAAAAAAACUGUCAAUCUCAGGUCUUUUGCCUUGAUGGACAAACCUUACCAAUAAUUUUAAGAGCUUCCAUCAAUAUACAAAUUGGAAUAGUCUGAAAUGAAAACAAUUUUUGUAAUACCAUCAUUUUUACCAAUGACGCUCUUACCAUUCAUGAUAGGUUUAACUUGGGCCUAUUACUUACUGUCUUUAACAAUAUUUUUUAGUAAUGGUAAAAAAAGUUUUACCCAAGAAUUCCUAGAUAUUUUUCAUGCUGUGGACGGAUCUUGAAACCUGUGAUCACUUUGAAUGUAUCACAAUUUACAGGACAAACUAAAACACAACUACUCGUUAAGAGAGAGCCCAGAAUUUUACCAUAUGCUUUCCAUCUCCCUGAUGGGCUCUGACAGUGAUUAUUCUGGAUCAGAGAUCAUCAGUGCAAUAUAAUCAGCAAAUAAAUUGAGAGGGUAAGUCUGA